AAAAAUUUGCUGAGCAACGUCACUUAUAAUCUUUCAUUCUUAUUAUUCGGUAUUCGGAAAUUUAAAUGAAGUGUUUAUUCCGGAAAAAUUAAGUGCCAAUAACUUGAGGCGGAUAUUUUCGUUUCAAUAUUUUUAGUUCGUAAAAGAUUUUGCAUAAAAUUUUUAGAGAAAUGUUUUUGAAAUACCAUUUAAGUUUAUUACUUAUAUUAUUUAUAAUAAAAUAUGUAGCUUCAAAACCGGAAAUCGUUCCUGAUUUACAUAAACAGCAUUUAAAUGCUGAGCAUCAUGAUUUACAAUAUGAUCAUGAUAAAUUCUUAGGCGAAGAUGAAUCUAAAGUAUUUGAUAGCCUUCCGCCUGAAGAAAGUAAAAGACGCUUGGGAGUAAUUGUUGACAAAAUUGAUACUAAUAAUGAUGGUUUUGUGGAAACUGAAGAAUUAAAAAAAUGGAUCCAGUACACACAAAGACGUUAUAUAGAUGAUGACGCCACACGUCAAUGGAAACAACAUACCUUUGAUAGAGAUAAAAAUGGAACAAUAUCGUGGGAAGAAUAUAAAAAAAAUACUUAUGGUUUUAUGGAUGAUAUGGACCCUAGGGAUAUUGAGAGAGAAGAUGAUGGAUUUUCUUAUAAAACUAUGUUGAACCGUGACCGAAGAAGAUGGGCUGCGGCUAGUACGGGCGAUGGUGAAACAUUAACAUUUGAAGAGUUUACUGUUUUUUUGCAUCCUGAAGAUGUUCCUAGAAUGAGAAAUGUUGUUGUGUUAGAAACACUUGAAGAUAUAGAUAGAGAUAAAGACGGAAAAAUUUCCGUUGAUGAAUAUAUUGGUGAUAUGUAUAAACACAGUGAAAAUGAAGAAGAACCUGACUGGGUAGUUAGUGAACGCGAUGUAUUUAAAAAGUUUAGAGAUCAUGAUGGCGAUGGUUUUUUAAAUAAAGAAGAAAUUCAUGAAUGGAUUACACCAAAAGAUUUUGAUCAUGCAGAAGCUGAAGCAAAACAUUUGGUUUUCGAAGCUGAUACAAAUGAGGAUAAUCGUUUAACAAAAGAUGAAAUACUUGAUAAAUAUGACUUGUUUGUUGGAUCUCAAGCAACUGAUUUUGGGGAGGCCUUAACCAAGCAUGACGAAUUUUAAUUUUUAACUUCUAUUUUUUUAAACUAAACUAUUCUUAAAUCUCUCAAAUAUAAGUACAUAUAUGUAUGUUUAUGUACACGUCUUUUUUUAUAUGUAACUAAUUUUAAUGAAAUUUUUAUAAUAUUCCAAAGAACAAAAAUAUUAAAACAACUAACUCAUUUUUAUAAAUUGAUAUUUUAAGUUUAGAUAUUAUGAAAAUAUAUUACACAAGCGUUUAAAAUUACAA